AUGGAUACGAUGAUACGACUUGAAAGGCAGCUGACGGCCGAGGAGCUCGUCGAGAAGCGGCGUCUGCAGAACCGUGAGGCCCAAAAGAGGCGUCGGGCCAAGCUGAGAAACGCCGCCGAGCAAGAGCCCGAAGACGAUCUGCCGAGGAGCGGCAAGUCAGCUGGGAUCUCCCUCGAUACAGGGCGCGCAAGCAAUGACAUCGGCAGCGUGAGCGUGACCGACAGCUGGUAUGGCGGCAGCAGCAGUGUAAUCGACAAUCGCAAGAGCACCAGCGCUGACAGACAUUUGAGCAAUGUCUUCGACGACAUUUUCGGAUCGACGGCGUUCAACUUCCCUGCCUCUGACGCUGGUUCGCUCUUCAGCUCUACCUCAUCGUCUUCUAGCUCGCCAUCUGGCUCUAAAUCAAAAGCAAGCAAUUCAUCGCCCUCCUCUUCGGGCCAUUCGUCUUCCUCGUCGCCCAUCGAGGAGCUCGAUCAGGCUUCUGGCUCGGCCCUGACAGGAGAGGGCCCCGCCUCACCCUACGAGCAGACGACCUGGUCGACAUCGGCCACACCAGCGUUUGAGUUCAGCGGCAAUCCAUUCCGGCUAAAGGACCCUGUCAAUUCACGCUGCGAAGUCAUACAAAAGUACUCGGCAAACAAGAGCAUCAAUGAUGCGAAGCACCUCCUAGAACACCUGUCCCGAAGCGCAAACGAGUACGGCCGCCACGAUCCUUCCUUCAUCUCGCCAUCUUCCCCUGCUCCGGGCCUCUCGGACCUGCACUUGUUCUUCAGCGCCCAGCCACAGCUGUUUGAAAACUUUGUCGCAUCGCUCCGCAUGGCCGAAAUCCUCAGCAGCAAGGCUCCCGCGUCCGUGCGCAUAGAGAUGUUCAAGUCUAUCCUCGAAUCCUUCAAGGUGCAAGCUGCUCGCUACUUGUCCUUGAGCAGGCCAUCGCCGUUCCACGGACUCCAGCUCCCAAGCCAGCACCUCUUCCAGGCCGUGCUCACCAAUGCGUCGAGGAUGGGCUAUGCAUUUCAAGACCUCGAGAACUUCAAUGCCGUCAGCCGCAUCGGAGAAAGCUUCCUCGGCAUCACUUCGCCUUUGCAGCUCGACAUGCCUUCCGACAAGCUGGCUGUAACAGUGAUACCAAAGGUCAAGUGGGACACGAUUCCAGAGACAAUGUAUCCAACAGCACUGCAGCUCGUCGAGGAGCACCACCCCUUUAUCGACAUUUCCUUUGUGUGGCCAUCUGUGCGCGACAAGGUGUUGACGCUCCUCAAGAACGGCCUCGACGAGGAUGCCAUGUGCACCGACAUGAUGAUGGGCGGCUUACUUCCGGGCGCUGAGCCGUCGUUCAUGGUUUGGGGAGACGACACGAUGGACGUCGACUCGUGGGAGGUCAGCGAGAGGUUCGCCACCAAGUGGUGGUUCCUCUUUGAGCCAGAGAUUAUCAAGCGGACAAAUUGGUGGAGGAAGCAGAGGGGUCUGCACCCUAUCCGCAUUGAUUUCUCGCGAGACGCAGCCCAGUCUGCCCCGUGGUCCACACGGAAGCGUCGGUGA